CAAAACGCAGCGGCAGUCACUCCGUCCGCGUCGUACUGCUCGCACUGCCGAACCGCACACACACACACACGUCACGUGAUUAUCCACGGCUCGCUUGCCCGUCGUGUCUACAAUUUCGUACCUGUGCAGUGCUGCGCGCGGCCGUCACUGAAAACCCGGAAAGGAGUUUCAGAAUUGAUUUUAUGGUUUUUCAAACCGUAGAAAACAUCAAUCUGUCGACUAUAAAACAUAAGUAAUAUGUUGAUGAAAUUGAAAGUGUUAAUUUUAUUUUCGAUUAGUGCACAAAUUUCUCGUUCGACAAUUAUGGCCUAUAAUCCCCCUUUAUCAAGUUUGUUGUUAUUCGAUUUUCAAAAUGUUACCGAUUUAAAUAACUGGACAGAACAAUCGGACACUGUAAGAUCAGUAGGAAAGUCAAAAGCAACAUUUGAUUUAUAUAAAACUCAAACUAAACAGUCUGCAAUCCUCUUCACGUUGCUAAAUCCACAAUCAAACGGUGCAUGUUUCAGUGGCGUCCGUACAACAACACAAUUAAACCUUGAUGGAUAUGAAUAUAUAUCAUUUUUAUGCAAAACCGCAGGAAAUGCCACUACAUAUAAAAUUAUUUUGAGGCACAAUAAUUUAAACGACGAACCAAACCCAACUUAUGAACAAAAAUUUAAGGUUAAUACUGAUUCAGAAACAACAGUAAAAUUGCCAAUUUCACAAUUUGAUCCAUAUUAUAGGGGUAAAAUAAUACUAGAUGGACCUACUUUAAAUGUGAAAAAUAUUACCAGCUUUGGCAUUCAAGUGGCUGGUGGUGUUUAUGAAAAUUUUAAGCAAUCGGGCUUAUCAUCAUUAGUGGUGGAUCAAAUAUGGGCAGAACCCAACGAAGAUGCAAACUGAACAAUUUUACAUCAUCAUUAUUCAUUUAUGAUUUAAAUAAUAUUAAUUUCUGUCAACUAUUGUACUUAUUACUUAUUAAUUAGAUAUUAUCUAUAAGUAGACAGUUAAAACAUAUUGUACGGCGUAUGCUACUUCAUUUAAAUCAACUGAAUAUUGCAAAGUUAAUUACCUAUUCAUAAUAUAUAAUAUUGUAUUUUAA